AUGAAAAAAAUAUUUCCUUCAAACACUUAAAAUGGGAUAUUAAUUGUAGAUCCUGAUCAAACUACUGUUCAAAGACUCCAUUAAUCCCAAACUUCUAAAGCAAAUUUCUCUGUAGUCCCUAGUGAACCUGGAUAAUCAUUAUACGAGAUUAUUGAGAAGAACAAACUACAAUAUAUAGAAUAUUAUGGCUUAUAUACAGAAUUAAGGCUAAUGGAAAAUAUGGCAGGUUUUUAUUUAUAAAUAAAUGAUAGGUUUGAAAUCGAUGCCCGAAAAACUAAAAUUACUUGAAAACUUUUUUAAUAUGUUUGAGGAAAUGAUGUAAUGCUUAAAUACUAUUCUAAAUAACCUAAUCUUGAUUAACUUUACUUCUUAAGAUUUUAAACAGAUAUACAAUACUACUCCAGAAAAUGUUGCUAAUACUCUUUUUAAGGAUAUUAAGGUAUGAACAAAUAUAAUUCAAGACUCUUGAAGGUCUUCAUUUAGAACUAUAAUAUUAAUCAUCACUAAGAUAUUUGGAGACCGUACUUGAGGCACUUGAUUUUAAUCCAGAUCAAUCAAAAAAGUUAUAUUAAUUGGAUGUAAAACAAUGGUCAUCCUAAUGUUAUGCUCACUUAAACCAACAUAUCACUACCCGUAGUAUGAAAGUUCGAGAUAAAACGAUGUGUUGUUGCAAAGUAUGA